AUGUAUGGUGAACUCGGCAACAAAUUAGUCCAACACGCCAAACGCACCCAAUCCCUCGCCCACCUGCCCCCCUACCAAACCGAACUCGUUCGCUCCGUCGCCCGCGAAGUCCGCGAUCUCGACCGUGAUGUCAACCACCUCCUAACCCCCUUCUCCGGCUCCUUCGACCCCUCCCAACAGCCUGCAGUCGCAUGUGCCCUUCUAGUCGACCACCUCUGUAUGCGCCGCAACAAGCGCUGUCUCCUCGCAUACCACCGCGUGCGCACCGAAAAGCUCGAAGAGCUCUGCUGGACGGGCAUCGAUGUGCUCGAGCAGCAGGCACCCCCAGCCGCGGAGGACGGUACCCAGCCUGUUGCGAGCUCGCAGAGCGGGAAUCAUAGCUCGUUGAGUCCCGAAGAGGAAGAGUAUUUUCGGCAGUAUAGUGAUUUGUUGGCGGCGUAUAAGGGACAGUGGACUGAUGUUGAUCUUACGGGGGCGUUGGAGCCGCCCAAGGAUUUGUUUAUUGAUGUUCGGGUCCUUAAGGAUGCCGGGGAGAUUCAGACGGAGUAUGGGGUUAUUAAUUUGACGAAGAACAGUCAGUUGUACGUGCGGCAGGGGGAUGUGGAACGAUUGAUUGCGCAGGGGUUCUUGGAGCGGUUGAGUUGA